AUGUCAGUGAAAGGAUAUGUCAGGGAAAAGGGUAAAUUGGAUAUGUCAGGGAAAAGGAUAAGUCAGGGAAAAUGGAUGUGGAUAUGGAGGUUGACAAGGGGUUUACACUCGUUAUUCGAAAAAUUGAAUGAAUUUUCGGAAUUUAGGCCUUAUCUUGGAAUUUUGGGACGAUCGAAAGCUCAUUUUAAUGUAAAGGACUCUUCUUCUUUCAUAGUACAGUAUCUCUGUUAUUAG